AUGGCAUCUACUUCUAGGCAAUCAGAGAUUGAAAUCACAAAGGCUUCUGAAGGGACCGCACCAUCUGCAUCUUCUUCUAGGCACCCAGAGCUUGAGAUUACAAAAGCUUUCGAAGGGAUCGCACCAUCUGCAUCUACUUCUAGUAGAUCUAGAGACAGAAAGCUGUCAUACGAUGUAUUUAUUAAUCAUCGUGGCCCCGAUGUCAAACGCACACUCGCAGCCACUUUGUAUAAAACCCUCACUGGAAUGGGAUUGAGGAUUUUUCUUGAUAGAGAAGAGCUUGAGUUGGAUGAUUUCCUGACUGCGGAAAUAGAAGACGCAAUGCGAAGUGUUUCGCUUCAUAUAGCUGUAGUUUCCCAGAAUUAUGCACAAUCUCCAUGGUGUUUGGUGGAGCUUUCCUUUAUGCUUAAAACGGGCAUCCCAAUUAUUCCUAUUUUCUACCAUGUUGAGCCUGCUGAUGUCCGAUAUGCGACAGGAAUCUAUGCUGAGGCAUUUUCCCGGUAUACAGGAAAGGGUAGAUACACCUUGGAAAAGAUUAAGGAGUGGAAGGAUGCACUAAACAAUGUUUCAUAUAAUGUUGGUGGCAUCAUUCAUAAUGAAGAUGACAAGGGGAGCCUGUUGAAGAAAAUUGUUGGCUGUGUUUUGAAAGUAAUAAAAAAUGUGCCAUUUGUAGUUGCCAACCAUCCAAUUGGUUUAGAUGAAACACUAACAGACUUUGAAAGACAGAAAAAACUUCUAGAGGACCUCGGUCUCCCCGGAGUAUCAAUUGAGAAUAUAGAAGAAGGAAAGGAGAUUCUUGCUAGCCUUUUGAAAUCUGUUCGAGUGCUCAUUAUUCUAGAUGAUGUGGAUGACCCAGACCAAUUAGAUGCUCUAGUGCCCAAUAAGGAUAGUCUUGAUCGGGGUAGUUUGAUUGUAGUGACCACAAGAGAACUUGAAGUCCUCAGACGUUGGGGUAUCUCAUUCAUUUAUAAAAUGAAAGCACUGGAUCCAUCUCAUGCCAAGCAGCUUUUUUGUUGGCAUACUUUUUUGCAGCCUUCUCCAUUCCAAGAGUUCGAGGUUUUGGUUGAAAGCUUCCUAAAUGUUUGCAAUGGAUUGCCAUUGUCUCUAAAGGUCUUUCGAGCACAAUUAUAUGGUAUUUCCAGUAAAGAAUAUUGGAAGACUCUAUUGCAUAAGAUCUCUAGAGUACUGGACAAAGAUAUCAAAGACAAACUAAAAAUAAGUUAUGAUGCCCUCGAUGAUAAAGAGAAACAGAUAUUCUUAGAUACUGCAUGUUUCUUCAUUGGAGUGAAUAAAACUUUAGCAAUUGCAGUUUGGGACGGAUCAGGGUGGAGUGGUCUGCAUAGUUGGGAAAAGCUUCUGAAUAAGUGUCUCAUUGAACCUGAUGAUGAUGUAGUUUACCGCUAA